AUAAAUAGCUGUGCUGGGCAACCGUUAAUAUUCACUUUUCCUAUGUGUGACGGGUGCUGGGCUCUAUAGUGUCGUUAAUUAUCAUCAAUGGACGGUCAAGAAACUAGUCUUGAGAUAUUUGAGAAGUUCACAUGGAAGAUUGAGAAUUUUUCCCGCUUGAAUGUUGAUAAGUUAUACUCGGAGCCUUACGUUCUUAGUGGAUAUCCAUGGAGGAUUGCUCUCUUCCCAAAGGGGAGUAGUAGUGCAGUCGACCAGUUAGGAAUAUUUUUGGAGGCUAUGAAGACUGCUAAUAUGUCUGAGGGAUGGAAGAGAGAUGCGAAAUUUAAGUUUGCUGUAUUCAAUCAAGUCGAAGACAACAGAACAAUCACAAAAGAAACUAGCCAGGAGUUCAGUGCAAGUGAGGAUGAAUGGGGAUAUUUUUCUUUCAUGACAUUAGCUGCGCUUCGUGAUCCUGGAAGGGGGUUUAUUGUGAAUGAUACUUGUAUUGUUGGUGCCGAAAUUUUUGUUUGUAAGUCAGCUCAUGAGAAACAAAUAAAUCAAACCGUUAAAAUGGAAGUGGAACUCCCAAGACCAAAGCCUGAAGAUCGAGGCCCAAAUAUUGAAACUGUUUCACCAGUUUCUUCCCUAGUUUUUAUUGAACCUACUAAAGAUCCUGACGCAGAGUUGGUGUUUGCUGCAUUAGGUAAAGUUCUGUAUUUCCUUAAGACUAGAAAAGCGAGAGACAUGAAUGAACAAGCUUGUAAGGAUCUUCAAGUUUUAUGGGAGGAACUAGCGAAAUUUAAAUUUGAUAUUACUUGGCUAGAAUCGCAUGUUCACUAUGCUUUAGGAAUAAAAAGAUACAUGGAGAAAGCUCUGGAGGCUGAAAAGAUGAAGGAGAACAUGGUAGUUUUAGAGCUUGAAAUGGAAAGGCUAAAGGUUAAGUCGCUUGCAGCUGAGAUGAAUCUUGACAUGGAAAGAGACUUGUUGAAAUCCAAAGGUUUCAAAGAAUUAGAUUUAGAUUCUGAAUUGGGACCAUAGAUUUAUAGCUAAAUUAGGAUUUAUUUCGAUGUCUUUCAAGAUUUAUCUUCAAAAUUAUUAUAUGAAAACGUGUUUCCUAAUCCAAUAUAUGAUACCUUUAUUCUCCA